AAGACAAAGAGGUGACUAAAGAGAGGAAGAAAGAAUCAAAAAUGGACACCGUCGGCCGGUUUCUACUUCAUAUUACUUUGUUCUUGUGGUCUAUGACUGCGGUAGAAAUAGCAGCAACAUUAAUAGCACCCGUAUCAAUGCCUGGUUGUCCAUCGUAUUGUGGUCAAGUCGAUCAAAUCCCGUAUCCUUUUGGAAUUGGAACCGGUUGUUACCUUGAUGAUUGGUUCCAAAUAAUCUGCGACAACUCCACCAGCCCUCCAAAACCUUUCUUGAACUCUACCGGUCUAGAGGUGCUCGAAAUCAAUAUUGAAGGCACACUAAAGGUGGCGAGCCCUGUUACCUUCUCCAAUUGUAGUCACAAGCCAUCAGGCCGCCAGACAGCAAACUUAGAGGGAAGCCCUUUUGUGUUCUCCCAGAAGAACAGAUUCACUUCAAUGAGUUGUGGAGGAAUUGGCUUGAUGACAUCCUUAUCCGGAUCAACAAUUGGAGGCUGCUUGUCCAUAUGCGACGAUACUAGUAAUGCUUUAAGAAAUAACAGUUGCAGUGGGCUGAAUUGCUGCCAGACCACCAUUCCUUCAUCUCUUAGCACCUUCCGUACUAGUUUCGGUGAAAUAACAAAUGCGGAGAGAGCAAAAUUAUGCAAGUAUGCUUUCCUAGUAGACCAAGAUUGGUUUACAUCAGAUUCAACUAAUAUUUCAGACAUUGGUCACAUGGACAAUGUCCCUAUAGUUCUGGAAUGGAAGUUUUUUAGCAAUACGACUUUCAAUAUAAAUGGAACGACAAAUUUGACAGAUAUUGAUAAGAACAUGGAUUGCUCCGGUGAUAAUUGCUUCUGCUCAAAGGGCUUCCAAGGAAACCCCUAUCUUCUUCAUGGAUGUGAAGAUAUCGAUGAAUGUGAGGAUCCAGUCCACUUCAACAGAUGCAUUCCCGGCAUUUGUAUUAAUUAUCCCGGGAGGUAUCAGUGUGUAUUCCCCGAUCCACGACAGUCACGAGUUAAGCUGGCCAUUAUAGUUCCCAUCAGUGUUCUUGGACUAUUGUUUCUACUAGUUGGUGCAUGGUGGCUGCGCAAAGUCAUAAAGAAAAGAAAAAAUACUAAACGCAAAGAGAAGUUUUUUAAGCAGAAUGGUGGUCUAUUGUUGAAACAACAAUUAUCUUCAGGUGAAGUCAAUGUUGAGAAGAUUAAGUUGUUCAAUUCCAAGGAGUUAGAGAAAGCCACAGACAAUUUUAGUGCAGACAGAAUUCUUGGUCAGGGAGGCCAAGGUACUGUUUAUAAAGGAAUGCUGGCGGACGGAAGAAUAGUUGCUGUCAAGAAAUCGAAAAUAGUUGCUGGAGGUGAAGUUGGGCAGUUCAUUAAUGAAAUUGUCAUUCUUUCACAAAUUUCCCACAGGAAUGUGGUUAAACUAUUGGGGUGUUGUUUAGAGACCGAAGUUCCCCUUUUGGUUUAUGAAUUCAUACUCAAUGGAACACUUUCUCAGUAUAUUCACCACCAAAAUGAAGAGUUCCCCCUCACAUGGGAAAUGAGGUUGCGAGUUUCCAUCGAAGUUGCAGGAGCUCUUUCCUACUUACAUUCAGCAGCUUCCUUUCCCAUUUACCACCGCGACAUCAAGUCUUCUAACAUACUCUUGGAUGAAAAAUACAGAGCCAAAGUAGCAGACUUUGGGACUUCAAGAUCAGUUGCCAUUGAUCAAACUCACCUUACAACACGAGUACAUGGAACAUUUGGUUAUCUGGACCCAGAGUACUUCCAAUCUAGCAAAUUUACAGAGAAGAGUGAUGUUUAUAGCUUUGGAGUGGUCCUUGCGGAGCUCUUGACAGGAGAAAAACCAGUUUCAGUUUUGAGUUCGCAAGAAAGCAGAAGCCUAGCAACUUAUUUUCUUCUUUCUAUGGAGGAGAAUCGUCUAUUUGAUAUUCUUCAUGCUCGAGUAAUGAAGGAGGCUGGGAAAGACAAGAUUAUGGCAGUUGCUAACCUUGCACAGAGGUGCUUGAAUUUGAAUGGGAAGAAACGACCCACCAUGAAAGAAGUAGCAGCGGAGUUGGAGGCAAUUCAAUUGUCAGUUAAAUUUUCUAAUGUGCAACAAAAGUUUGCAGAAGUUCAUUAUGUUCGAAGUGAAAUAACCGAGCCCUGGGAUGUUGUUUCUAUAUCAACAGCUUCUUGUAUGGAUAGUGGCACAGGCUCUUCAUUGGAUGUACAACCACUAUUGUCCUUCAAGUCAUUCUGAGGAAUAAUUUCAACUUUCCAUCCCCUUUCUUAUAUGAAUCUUUCACAUUGUAACAUCUUUUUUGUUUCGAAUAUUUUGAGCUUGAUUGUGCAGUAUGGUAGUUUGGAGGUUAAUUUAAGGUGCGGCAACUGGAAGUGGAUAGCAAUCCGUUGUGGCUUAUGUCAACCUAGCUUGUUAAUAUAUAAUUCGUGUUCCCAUAGUAUCAGAUGUGUUCUUCACUUUGAAACUGGUAUGGGAGUGGCAGUAAGUUCAACCUCUCCUAUUCUCUAGGUUGUUACUGCAUAAUGUUUCACCCAUGUCACCGGCCAAAACAUCCCCUUUUUAGGUGAGAAAGCCCAUCGGUGAAGCACAGAACAAACACAGAGAAUGCUAGAACAUCCUAGAACUGUGCGGUCCCCGCUGUCGCCGGAAAUCUCCAACGCCACCAUCACCACCAUCACCUGCUGCCCAGCGAACCAACCAAUCAAAACCCUGGUGAUGAAGGAAACCAUUACACCAGCGCCCUGCAAACAACACCACAAAAUCCACUCCCACAAAACCAAGGAACCCGAUGGGAAAACACAACCCAUCAGAGAGAGCACCAAGAAAGGCAAAGACGAGGAAGGAGGUGGUGCGAACACCCGAGCAAGAGCUCUACUCACCUUCCAAUAAAGCCGCGACACACCGCGGUAAGAAGAUGGGAGUGCAGAUCGUGGUUGCUUGAGGGAGGGGGCGAAGUGGUCUGAGAAGGAGGGACGGAAACGAAGGGGGAAGAGACGGAGAUGGAAGGAGCGAAAGGGAAUCGGAAUGUGGGGCUCAGAUUGGGGAAAUGGACAGGAAGAGGGGAUGGAGAACAAGAGAUCGGGAACAAAAGCAGGGAAAAACGCAGGUAGGAGAAAAGAAAAAGAAAAGGAAACAGGGGGUUGUAUGGGUUUUAAAACCGGCUUGAGGAGAUCCGCAAACGAAGAAAACUCAAACAUAUUGCAAUUUUUGUAUUUAAUUUUACAAAUGUACAAAUCAAAUU